ACAACAACAACGGCAAGUCGGCAGACAUCACAAAGAAGAGAAAGAAAUCUACCUCCCCUCCCCUCCGGCAUCCCGCUCCCCUUCCCUUCUCCGGCGCGCCGCCAGAUCGGGCCAGAAGAGUCCGUCCGGCACCUUGGGCCCGGCAUCGGCCGCCGCGGCAUACGUGUGAGUUCGGCGGGCGGCUCGGCCGACCGACCGGGAGGCGGGGGGUCCGGCGCCGCGGGAGGGCAGGGGUCCGGCUUCCGGAGCGGCCUUGGAGCGCAGAUCGGCCCGCCCGGCAAGCGGCAAUGCAGCAGGCGCAGCGGACCAAGAGUUCGGCGGAGGUGGACUUCUUCACGGAGUACGGCGACGCCAACCGGUACAAGAUCCAGGAGGUCAUUGGCAAGGGGAGCUAUGGGGUUGUGUGCUCUGCCCUUGAUCUGCAGACCAGGCAGAAAGUGGCCAUCAAGAAGAUACACAAUAUUUUCGAGCAUACCUCCGACGCCGCGCGGAUUCUCCGUGAGAUCAAGCUUCUGAGGCUCUUGCGGCAUCCCGACGUCGUCGAGAUCAAGCACAUUAUGUUGCCUCCCUCCAGAAAGGACUUCAAAGACAUUUAUGUUGUUUUUGAGCUCAUGGAGUCUGAUCUCCACCAAGUUAUUAAGGCCAACGAUGACUUGACAAAAGAGCAUUACCAGUUCUUUCUCUACCAGCUACUCCGAGCCCUCAAAUACAUUCAUACUGCUAGUGUUUACCAUCGUGACCUGAAGCCCAAGAAUAUUUUGGCAAAUUCUAACUGCAAAUUGAAGAUAUGUGAUUUUGGACUAGCACGAGUUGCAUUCAACGACACCCCAACAACUGUCUUCUGGACGGAUUAUGUCGCAACAAGAUGGUAUAGAGCUCCAGAGCUCUGCGGAUCCUUCUUCACAAAGUAUACACCUGCCAUUGACAUCUGGAGCAUUGGGUGUAUUUUUGCUGAGGUGCUGACAGGAAAGCCUUUGUUUCCUGGUAAAAAUGUUGUCCAUCAGUUAGACUUGAUGACUGAUCUUCUAGGCACACCUUCAAUGGAUACAAUUUCUCGGGUCCGAAACGAGAAAGCAAGAAGGUACUUGAGCAGUAUGAGAAAGAAAGACCCGGUCCCAUUUUCUCAGAAGUUUCCUAAUGCAGAUCCUUUGGGAGUAAAACUCUUGGAGAAGCUAUUAGCCUUUGAUCCAAAAGACCGUCCAACUGCGGAAGAGGCAUUGACUGAUCCAUACUUUAGAGGCCUUUCCAAGCCAGAGAGAGAACCAUCCUGUCAGCCAAUCAGAAAAAUGGAGUUUGACUUUGAGCACAGCAGAGUGUCAAAGGAUGAUAUAAGGGAGCUGAUAUUCCAGGAGAUAUUGGAAUAUCAUCCGCAAUUACUGAAGAGCUACGUAGAUGGCACAGAGAGGACAACCUUUCUCUACCCAAGUGCUGUCGAUCAUUUUAAGAAGCAGUUCUCUCAUCUCGAAGAAAGCGAUGGUAGUGGCCCUGUAGUCCCAGCAGAUAGAAAACACGCAUCUCUUCCUAGGUAA